GUUAGUCUAUUCUUAGCAUCCGACAGACAGACAACGAGACCGCGCGCGCACACACGACACAGCUAGGAACUAGGACGAAAGGCAAAGGACACGAUCACGGCGCGCGGAUCCACAGGAACGGAAACAGUUACGGUGGGGUUCCAUCGGCGAGCGUGGAGGCGUGAAUCCUUGCGAAACACUAACAAACGGUGGCGCGCGAAGCCGGUGUGGUCGGACUGUGAUCGAUUUGCAUAGGAAAAGUGAGAAAUUGAGGUGUUCGGACGCGUAACUGCGGUGCGGUGGCAUGUGCGAAGAAAGUGUGUGACGUGACUCCCCCGGUCAGGUGAAUGAACAGUUUUUCAGUCGAACCGGUUUAAAAUCGACGUCUGGUCCCCGGCGAGUGGGAGGAAGCAAUUUGAAGGCUAAUUUUCUCGUCAACACGCAAAGCUCUGGCGAGGAAAAUCGCCAAAUUGACCCAUCCAUCGCGCGAAAAUUGUGCCUCUGGCGGAGGAAAAUCGAUUAGCGGCGUACGUGGAGAACCCAUCAGUGUCCUGAGAGAUUUGAGUGGGCCGAUAGCUGGGCCUGGUUAAGAUUUAUUCGGUUUCAUUCGUGGUUUUAUGGUUUUUCAUUAAGAUUUCCAUUUCGGUGGCAGGGCUAGUGUUUUUUUUUAUUGGCCGCGUGACUCAGUGCGUCGGGCUGGCGUUCGUGAUCAGUGAAAAGUGAAGCGAGAAAUGAUAAAUAAUUCUAAUUAGGAUAUAAAUGUGUUGUUUGGAGCGAUUCCUGCCACGGCCCGAAUGCUCGCGACCCUAAAUAAGUUGUACGAAUUCUAAUUGGUGUUUUCGGCGAGGCGAACUGAACCAGCAACGUGCCCUGAUAUGGUUGAUAUCGAGCUAAUGAUGCCAGGCAGCAGCGGAGACGAGUCGGACUCGUCGCGUGGAGUCCAAUCGAACCUAGAAGUGCCUCCGGGACUGCAGGUGAUCCCUCUGAACCACCUGGUCAUUCACAACGGCAACGGCACGACCAGUGGUGCAACGGUGAAUGAGCUGGCGCAGAACGAACGGUUGAAGCAACUGCAGAGCGCAGAGUUCCUGCUGCAGAUGGCCCGACUUCAGCGACCACCCCCGCCGGAUCUGGACAUCCGCAACGGUUCGGUGGUGGCCUGCAAGCACAUCCCCAAGGGAACCCAGUACGGACCGUUCAUGGGGAAGUUUUUCCGGGACUCGUUGAACCGACGGGAGUUUAUGGACAUGAACCUGCGUGGCUGGCUGGAUGCCACCCUCGAAUCGGCCAACUGGUCUCGGAACAUUCGCAGCACCAGUAGCCUGGGGGACGUCAAUGUGCAACAGUAUUUCAAGAAUGGCUGUCAAUGGUUCGAUGUGAUAUGUGAUAUUAGCCCGGGACAGGAACUGCUGGUGAGGCCGCGGGUUCCACCGGCGCCCUCGCACCGGGACCAAGGAGGAGCCGACGACAGUCGGGGUUCUGGUUCCCAGAACAGUGAAGCAUUCGAAGACGAGUACAACACCUCGACCGAGUUCGAUUCUAGUCUGCAUCUUAGCCACAAGGAUCAUUCGCAUCACAACAACAAUAACAACAACAACAACAAUAGCAGCAGUAGCAGUAGCCACCCGCACAACGUCGAUCAGAACAGUAGCAGCAAUAGCAACAUCAGUUCCGGCGGUGGUGGUGGUGGCGGAGGUCUCGGAGGCUCCGGCGAAGGCACGCAGAACGGCAACGGUGACGGCGAGGUAGCCGACGGGGACGAGGAAGACGACGACGAGGAGGGCAUCGAUGCGCGGUGCGUCGUCUGCGAUCGGCAGUGCCACGAUAUCGAUCAACUCGACGAUCAUCUGGUAAUUUCGCACCACUACCCGAAGGACGCCUAUCGGUGUGAGCUCUGCCCGCGGGCCUACUGCUAUCGACCGUCGCUGCUGCGGCACCGGGCCAUCGUCCACGGUGAGAUCCGGCGCUAUCCGUGCGAGAACUGUCCCAAGGUAAGUGAUUCUGUUUUCACCGAUCCAUCCAACCUCCAGCGGCAUAUCCGUACCCAUCACGUCGGUGCCCGCAGCCACGCCUGUCCCGAGUGUGGCAAAACAUUCGCGACCUCGUCCGGCCUCAAGCAGCACACCCACAUCCACUCGUCGGUCAAGCCGUUCCAGUGCGAAGUGUGCCUCAAGGCGUACACCCAGUUCUCGAACCUGUGCCGCCACAAGCGCAUGCAUGCCGACUGUCGCAUGCAAAUCAAGUGCAACAAGUGCGGACAAAGUUUCGGUACCGUAACGUCGCUCUCCAAGCACAAGCGAUUCUGUGAUUCGACCUCCGUCGGUGGAGGCCCACUGCAUCCUUCGACGGCAGCAGCAGCAGCAGCGGCCGCAGCCGCAGCGGCAGUCCAUCAGCAACAGUCCUCUGGAGUGCCCAACCUGCCGCACAACAUGGCCACUCCACCCAAUCCGUUCUUCAUGUUUCACGGAAGCCCCUUCUUCCCGCCCGGGUUCCGUCCCUAUCCAGGGAUGUCCGGUAUCUUCCCCCCAAACCCAGCCCAAGCUCCCCAAUUCCCACUUCCAUUCUUCCCCAAACCAACCCCAGCUCCAGUCGAGCUUGAUCGUAAAACCCCGUCUCCACGCCAUGUCAGCCUGUUGGAGCAGUAUGGCCAGCAAGCGAUGAAGAUCUCACCUCCCACUGCGGAAGAAGCAACCAACCAUCUGAGACCAUCGCCAGCGCGCCCAAUCCCCGUCAAUUUCAACUCGAUCCCAUCGAUGACGUCCACUCCGUUGGCAGCAUCGGCGACUGCCACCAACACAACAAUCGCCUCCCAUUUGAACAACAACAACAACCACAUCAAAAGAGAGCCCCUGAACCGCAGCCGAGAAAAUGGCUCAUUCAACAGCAGUUCUGCUUCGCGAGGUGUUGCCCCACUGGAAAUGCACAGCUCGGAAGAUGACGAGCUGCCUUCGGGUGGAUCGAUUCGUGUGCAGGACCUGUCCAAGUAUUCUACGGCAUCAUCCACCGGAUCGCUGGACAUCAAAGAAGAACGCCAAUCACCGAUAUCGUUGCUGGGCAAGAGACGACAGCCUUCAAUUGAUGUGGUCAAGGAAGAUAAUGACGAUGAGGAAGACGAAGAUGAGGGCGUAUGUGAGACAAAAGAAGAGAAUUUGGAGGUGCCCUCUAAGAUUCCUAAAAUUGAAAGCACUUCAGAACAACCGUUGGAUCUUAGUGUGACCAAGAAGAAGAACGGCGCACGUAGUCCGACACCGAUCGAGGUGACCACGCCAACCCCAACACCGACCCCAACUCCAGAAACGGCACCUCUCAUGGUUACCUCCCCGAAGCCAGUCGCCUCACCACCGGUGACCAUGCCAACCAGUCCAUCGCCGACGCCUUCGCCUCGACCCACCCCAUCGCCGUCAUCGCCCGGUGCGCAGCAGAUCUCCUACCCACGACCCAUCUAUCCGAUGUUGCUGGAGGCCAUGUACCGCCCUGGCAUUCCGAACUUCCAACGGCCGCCGUUCAAUUUUUUAGGCUCUCUCGGCCCCAACUUUGACCUGCUGAAGCGAAACGCAUCGACGGCUGGCUCCUUUCCGCCAAAGCCCUUUCACGAGGCCAUAAUGGCCGCCGGUGGACUCACCGGGGGUGGCAAGGUCAAGGACCGCUACUCGUGCAAAUUCUGCGGCAAAAUAUUUCCGCGCUCGGCCAAUUUGACGCGCCAUCUGCGCACCCACACCGGUGAGCAGCCCUACAAAUGUCGGUACUGUGAACGGUCAUUUAGUAUCUCUAGUAAUUUGCAGCGACAUGUGCGUAACAUUCACAACAAAGAGCGGCCGUUCAAGUGUCACCUGUGCGAGCGCUGCUUCGGCCAGCAGACGAAUCUCGACCGGCACCUGAAAAAGCACGACGCCGACGCGGCCGGGCUUGGGCUCGGCCUAGGCGAUUCUCCCUCGUCCAAUGAGGCGGAACGGGAGGAUCACUAUUUCGACGAUAUCCGUACCUUCAUGGGCAAAGUGACCUAUUCGGGAUCGCCCUUGACUGGAACCCACCUGCACGGUACGGCCGGUCACAUCUACACGCCUAUCGAUGUGACAACGGUGGAACCGGACCUGGAGGAUGGCUCCAGUGAUGUCGAAAGUGACAUGAUUAACAUCGACUCGGACAAGGAACCGAUGAACAACAACGAUGCGAUAGAAGUUGCCACCUAAUGGUAGAACAUCUUGAUCAGCCCAAGUGUUCAACUGUAAAUACGAGCUGUUGAUUGGACCAAACAUCGAACUUUUCUCUUGUCGGUCCUUUUGCGAUCCUGCACGAACUGUACAUAAAUUAGAGGACCGAACCGAACAACUGUAGGGUAAGACGGUAUAAUAUGCCCCCCCUAAGGCAAAACCUUGUUAACUUUUUACUUUUCAUCGCAAUUUAUGCAAACUUUGUGUUAUUUGAUAAUGCAAGAAGUCGCAAAUGCAUUGCCCGUGAGUAGUCAUAUAAAAAUAUUACAGAUAACACGUAAUAAUGCUUUUUUGAAAAGUCGUGAAAAAAUGGUUUUCAAAAGGUGCCUGGGCAAUACGCCCCACCUUAGCCAAAGACGUUCCAUAGCCCUUCAUUAGUAUUUCAUCAAUCCCAUAAUAAAAAGGUUACAAAUCCUUAUGUGCUCGACAUUAAAAACCAACAUAAGUCCAUUUAAUCAGGUUUUAAUUACAUUUCAAUAAUUUCCAUACAAUUUGGAAGCAACUGCUGCAAGCUCGCCGCGCUUGUGUCCAGUUGGUAAGGGCAUAUCGUCCUGCCUACACUGGGGCGUUUUGGCCAGUAAAACAUAUUUUCGAAAAUCGUUACGUUUUUGAAGAUGGAAGCAAUUUUAUAUCAUAUUAACCACUGAGAAAAGUUAUUUUGUUGCCCAACUGAGUGUUCCCGUGCAAGUUUUGCGGACAGUAUGCUAGCGUCGCUCCAGAAUGUUGAGCAAACAAACACGAAAAGUUACAUCAAAACUGUCACUUUUUGUAUUUUGCUAUUAUUUUCAUUAUGUAAUACAAAAAUACUUGCACAUUCACAUAGUACGAUGGUUUUACAAAUAUUUAUAGGUACCAACUGAUUUUGACCCUUAAUUAGUUAUAGUUUUCUAGAAAUCAAAGAGGGGCGUUUUGGCCAGGUGGGGCGCAUUAUACCGUCUUACCCUAUCUACUGUUUCACCCUAUGCUCACUAUUAGCGAAUUAAUUCCGAGUUUAGAUUACACACCAAUCCCAUUGACCAGGCUCACUAACUAAUAGUAUUAAAUCGAUAAUUACCCUAAUCAAUUGAAGGAAAUAUUACUACUUUUAAGACGCUACUUAGGCAAUAGGCACUCCCCCUUUUGUACAGACCCUAAUUCCCACUGACAAAAGAAUUCCUUAUCGAUUUUUGCACAGCCACACACCCUUAUCGUAGAUCAAAUAUUUUCUUUGGUGAUAUUGAUAUUGUUUACUUUUAUGUAACGAAUUUUAGCAUUAUAGUCAGUAAUACAUAAGAGAGAAAAAGUUAAACUUUUUAACAAACUCCCCACUUGGAAGAAUUUAGUUGAAACCAAAAAUUUUAGCGAACACACGACUAAGCACGCGUUUAGAAUGGUAGAACAGAAAAAAAUGUAGACAAAAUUUUAUCUUGUGUUUUCUUAUUCGGUUGUAUUAUUAUUAUUAUCAUUGAUUGAAUUUGCUUUAGUUUGUAAUUUAUUUCCCAAAGAAUUGUUCCAGAAGACUUGUACACCUAUGAGAGAAUUUUUAAUAUAAUAAUAAAUUAAAGUGAAGGAAGAACUCCAAAUUGUAAAAUAACGGUUCGACGAUUGAUUGUUUACUCAUACCAACCAACCAACAACCCGCUGCAAAACGAUGACAAGCUAAUCAAAAUUACGGAUGGAAGGAUGGGAAACGAACGGAUUGUUAGUUAGUUUUAAAAACUUGAAGCCCUUUCAGCAAAGAACAAAUACAUAAAUAAAUAAACCGAGGAAAAUUCCUACACCUUAAGCGCAAAACUUUUCCAAGCAUACGUCAAAUAAAUCAAUUACGAAAAUGA